AUGGCGCCCGAGAAACCGAUUCCAUUUCCCGACGAUUUCGCGACAGCAGAUGAGUACGUCGACUCGCUCCUAAAAUUCUCAGCUGCCUCCACAAUUUUUCAGACGCUUUGUGGGGGCGUCCACAUCCUAGAUUUCUUCACCAGAACACCAUCGCUUUACCACACGGUCAUCCCUUUAGAAUGGCGGUCCUGGUUAAUGGCUCGCGAGUCAAUGGAAUUACUAGAUUUCUUCAUGCGCGAUGAUUUAUCAAUUCCCAGGGACGAUGAGCCACCAGAGAGUUUGCUAAAGUAUGUCAAGGACAUACGAAAACAUUCUUUGCAAAGAAGUCUCCCUGUUGGGAAGGAGAAAGACAGAAAGUUACCUCGGACCGUGAGUGUAGGUAUGAUACCGAAAAAGGUUCAUGAGGUGAGUCGGUUUGCGGAGUAUGUUGUCAAAGUUGCGGAUGAUGUCGCGGCCUCUUCGGGAAAGGAAAUCACGCAUUUUGUGGAUUUUGGGAGUGGGCAGAACUAUCUGGGUCGUACGCUUGCUUGUCCGCCGUACAAUAAACAUAUUGUGGCUGUGGAGAGUAAAGAGUUGAAUAUCAAUGGUGCCAAGAGAAUGGAUGUUUCUGCGGGUGUUGGGAAGAGGGAGAUUGUCAUGAGGAACAAAAAGGUGUUUCGUCAAAUUCAAAAUACUGCGAAGCCCGUGGAGGAUUUAAAUCCCAAGGAGAAGAAGAAUCUUGCUACUACUGUACCUGAUACGAAUGGUGUGGAUUUGAGGCCAAUCAAGGAUCUUGCCACCAUCUAUACUCCUACGGAGGGUAAAGGCUAUAUGCAGUACGUUGAACAUAUUGUCCAGGACGGAGACCUUUCAAAUGUGGUUACUCAAAUCGAGAAAUUGAGGCUGGAGGCUCCUCUGGGGAAUCUGCAAUUGACAAAUGGGGACUCUGGAAAUCCUGCUCUGCCCGACGUUCUGCACGAGAUCUCGAAAACCGAUGAUGUUAGACUUAUGGCAAUUUCCAUACAUUCAUGCGGCAAUCUUUCACAUCACGGGAUUCGGUCACUCAUUCUCAAUCCUUCUGUUCAGGCAAUUGCAAUAGUGGGAUGUUGCUACAAUCUUCUCACCUCAUGCCUUGGACCACCAACUGUCAAGCACUCACAUAUACGACGAAACCUGAUACCUAUCAACGCCCCUCCAGGGGGUAUAAAGGAACUCUCUGACUGUGAUCCUCAUGGAUUUCCUAUGAGCCAGCGAGUUGCAAAGUACGAUGGAGAUGGCAUUCGAUUCAACAUUACAGCCAGGAUGAUGGGUGUACAAGCGCCUUCAAACUGGACAUCAAAAGACAGUGAUUCAUUUUUCACAAGACAUUUCUACCGCGCUCUACUACAGAAGGUGUUCCUGGACUACGGAGUUGUCUCAAUGAUCGCAGCAGACGAGAACGGUCCUGAAAGUACCGAACCAGUCAUCAUUGGAGGGCUGAGAAAAGGUUGUUACGGUUCUUUCACAAGUUAUGUCCGUGGUGCGAUUGAAAAACUCAAGGUUGGUCCGGGGGUAAGCCUGAAUCUAGAUGCAACAUUGGGAAGAGCCACUAAUGAAGAGUUCGAUGAGUACGGGAGGAAAUACGAUGAGCUGAAAAGGGAACUGAGUGUUACUUGGUCCUUAAUGGCUUUCAGUGCUGGGGUUGUGGAAAGUCUGAUCGCGGUUGACCGUUGGCUGUUCUUGAUAGAGCAUAGCGAUCUGGUAAAAGAUUGCUGGGUUGAGCCUGUUUUUGAGUAUAAGCAGAGCCCAAGAAACUUGGUUGUGGUUGGUAUCAAACGAUAA